AUGGAUCUGUCCCUGAAGAUGGAGGCUGGUCAGCUGCAAGUAGUGCAGGAAGAUGAUGAAGCUGGAAAGGAUCAGGAGGAUGGAGAGAGGAUACGAAGAUCAAUGGUGGAUGCAGAAAAUGAUGAUAUUGAGGAAAGAAAGGUACGUGUAUCAGACAAAGCCCCAGCAUUAGAAGCCGAUGAUGAUAUUGCUGCAUCGGCAGGAACAUCCUCCCACUUGAACAAUCUCAAGAACAGACAGUUAUGUGCGCUAAAGAUGGAGAUCAACCGCGUGAAAGAGGAUAACCAAGUCUUGAGGACCGCACUGGACAAAGCUUUGAAAGAUUACUACCAUCUCCACAUGAAGUUCUCUAUUCUCCAUCACAAUACCCAAACCCAGGAACCUCAAAUGUUUCUCUCCCUCUGUGGUAACCACAAUUCUGUUAAUGAAGACCCCAACAGCAGUAAAUCACCAGCCACAUCCCAAGAAGAGCACGGUAGAGAGGGGGAUGAUGAUGAUGAAUUAGGGUUGACGCUGAGGCUCCAAACUAGCACAAGCAGUCAACAUGAAAGAGACGGUCAUGAUAAGGAAGAUAACAAGGAAGAAACCACGACUGCUACGUUUGCUGCAGUACAAAAUAAACUACAACCAUACAUGCAAAAUGACUUAGCAGCGGGAAUGACUAACCAUGUGGCCUUAAAUUCCCCAAUGCCUCGCAGAAAAGCUAGGGUUUCGGUCAGAGCAAGGUGUCAAUCCGCCACAAUGAAUGAUGGGUGUCAAUGGAGGAAAUAUGGCCAAAAAAUAGCGAAAGGAAAUCCCUGCCCGCGAGCCUAUUAUCGCUGCACAGUUGCUCCCGGAUGUCCAGUUAGAAAACAGGUGCAAAGAUGCUUAGAGGACAUGUCAAUACUCAUAACAACAUACGAAGGGACACACAACCAUCCACUCCCCGUGGGUGCAACCGCAAUGGCUUCCACAGCAUCCUCCAGCUUUCUCCUUGUAGACUCCAGCAGUUCUUACGCAGAUGGCAUCAACUACAACCUCAACCAAGAACCCCUCCUCCCCAACAGCUCAUCCUAUGUCAUAAACAUCAACAACCCAGCUUUACCAUUAUCUCCCUUUCACUCAUCAUCAACCCCAACAAGAGUCAUACACAGCAUUAACCCUAAUAAUACCAGCAACACUAGUACACUUCACCCUUCCAGAGGGAUCGUGCUUGAUCUCACCGGCAACAACGUUAAUGCAAACACAGCUACUCCCUCAUCGGAUCCGAUGGGCUUCGCCAGCUGGAUGCCUUCCAAUUCUGUAAAAUCCAACCUUCAUCGACAUCAUAUGAUUGGUACUAAUGCCAUUAAUAGUACUUUUCCGGGCAGCAGCAUUAUUAAUAUAGGGAAGGCUAAAUGGAAAACUGAAGAAGAGGAAGAAGACGAUGAUGGUGGUGGCGGUGAUCAUAGUGAUGGAGGAGGAGAUCAUCAACAGCAACAAGAAGGGGAAAAUAAAUCGAUGGCCGAAAAUGUAAGCGCCAUUGCUUCGGAUCCAAAGUUUAGAGUUGCAGUGGCUGCUGCCAUUUCAUCUCUCAUGAAUAAAAAUAAUACCCAGAGGAGUACUAGCGGGGCUCAACCUGCAGCGCAGCCUUCCUUUGUUGGAGAGAGUGGCAGCACCAGCGGCAGUAAUUGGGUUCAACCUGAGUCCUCUCUCCCUGCAAAUGGUAAGCUCCAUCAACAGUAG